CAAAUUUCAUUGAAAACCCAAAAUGGCAAUUUCAUCAUCUUCACUAUCAGCGACUCUUUUUCCAGUAUGUAAUUCAUCUUCCAUUUCAGUACAACCCAAGUUUUCUAUUCUUUCUUUACCUUCAAAUUCAACAAAGUUACUUAUUUUCAACCAAUCUAGAGUUUCAACAACUAAGAUUCUUGCUUCUCCUGAAGUAUUAGAUGCCCAAAAUGUAUCUACUGAUGUUGAGGAUAUUCCAGUUGUUUCGACUCUGAGUGUUGGUGGUGACACUGAUAAGGCAGCACCAAAGCAGAAGAUUAGGAUCAAAUUGAGGUCAUACUGGGUACCCCUAAUAGAAGACUCUUGUAAGCAAAUUAUGGACGCUGCAAAGACGACAAACGCAAAGACCGUGGGUCCCGUACCACUGCCCACCAAGAAGAGGAUUUACUGUGUCCUCAAAUCUCCACACGUUCACAAAGAUGCCAGGUUCCAUUUUGAAAUAAGAACUCAUCAGCGCCUUAUUGACAUUCUUUACCCGACUGCUCAAACUAUUGACAAGUUAAUGCUGCUCGACCUUCCUGCUGGUGUUGACGUUGAGGUCAAGCUGUGAGAAAAUUGCUUCUCCUCCUUGUUUAAUGUAGUAACCUUGUUUAUCUCUUGCUAGUUCGUUUCUGGUUUUGGAUUAUGUACUAGUAGAGACUUUUGCACAAUCAUUUGUUGGGGAAAGUAUUGUAGAUGCUUAUCUUUUUUGUGUAACUAUUUGGAUUACUGGAAUAGUUAGCAUCUUUUCAAUCUCA